CUCCUCUUUUUCAUCAUUCUUCCCUGCAUGUUUCUCAUUUCCCUCCUCCCCCUCUCGUUGUCCUCCACGUCUUCUUCCUCCUCUUUAUGCUCCUCCUACUCCUUUUCCGCUACGUCUCUCUCCUCCUGUCCACUCCUCUUUGUCAUUUUCCUCCUCCCUCCCCAGCAGCCACUUACUAUCAAAGCGGACCAACACCCGAGCGUGUGCGCACAUCAGCCUCCCUCGCCUUCCUCAUCAUGAGCCUGAGCCGCAGCAAGAGGAUCAGCUCGGGCACCUCGGUCCGCCGCUCCGGCGGCUUCGGGUCGCCCGCGGCCGGCUUUAGCGGCGUCUCGCUAGGCGUGGCCAACGGCGGCGGCGGCGGCCACCUGCAAGGCGCCCCGCUUUCCUCGCUGACGGUCAACAAGAGCCUGCUGGCCCCCCUGAACCUGGAGAUCGACCCCAGCCUCUCCAUGAGCCGAGCCCACGAGAAGGAGCAGAUGAAAAGCCUCAACAACCGCUUUGCCGCCUUCAUUGACAAGGUCUGCUUCCUGGAGCAGCAAAACAAGAUGCUGGAGACCAAGCUGGAGCUGCUGCAGGGCAAGGGCGCGGGCCGCUCCAACGUGGGGCCGCUGUUUGAGGUCUACAUGGCGGGUCUGAGGCGCCAAAUGGACCUGGUCAACAACGACAAGAGCAAACUGGACGGCGAGCUGAGGAACAUGCAGGGUCUGGUGGAAGACUACAAGCACAAAUACGAGGACGAGAUCAACAAGAGGAACAACCUGGAGAAUGACUUUGUCCUCCUGAAGAAGGACGUGGACUCGGCCUACAUGGUCAAGGCCGACCUUGAAGACAAAGUGGGAGCUCUGACCGAUGAGAUCAACUUCCUGCGGGCCAUUUACGAGGAGGAGCUGCGCGAGUUGCAGGCCAGCAUCCGGGACACGUCGGUGGUGGUGCAGAUGGACAACAGUCGUAGCCUGAACAUGGAGCAGAUCGUGGCCGAGGUCAAAGCUCAGUACGAGGAGAUCGCCGCUCGCAGCCGAGAGGAGGCCGAGGCCUGGUACAAGAGCAAAUUCGACCAGAUGUCAGUGCAGGCCAGCCAGUUCGGAGACGAGCUCCGUGUGGUCAAGGGGGAAGUGGGUGAAGUCAAUCGCCUCAUCGGCCGCCUGCAGAGCGAGAUCGAGGCCGUCAAAGCGCAGCGCGGCAACCUGGAGAGCCAGCUGGCUGAGGCCGAGGACCGCGGGGAGAUGGCAGUGAAAGAGGCCAAAGCUCGCACCCGCGACCUGGAGGACGCCCUGCAGAGAGCCAAGCAAGACAUGGCCCGCCAUCUCAGAGAAUACCAGGACCUGAUGAACCUCAAGCUGGCUCUGGACAUCGAGAUCGCCACCUACAGGAAGCUGCUGGAAGGCGAGGAGGACAGACUGGGGCAGCAGUCCAUCCUCAACAUCCAGGCCGUCAGCAACUACAGCAGCAGAAGUUCCAGCGGUCACUACCAGAGCGCUGGCGGCUCUUCGCCUUCGAAGGUGCUCAUCAAAACUACCGAGACCCGAGACCACAGUAGAUACAGCACACACUAAACAAACAUCUUCCGCACUCACAUUUACUCUUCCCUAAAACUUAGUUCCGUGCUAAAAUUUCGAGAUAGCAAAUCUAACUCUACAUUUUUUGGUGUUUCUGUUUGGGGUGAAUCUCCUUCAAAUGUAUGCAAAUGAUUGUUGUGCUCAAACCUCAGUAAUAUGAAGUUAGGUGACUUGAAUAAUAAUAAUAAUAAUACAUUUUAUUCUUUUAAUACUUCCAGAUAAUUGUACAAUUUUAAUUUUUUCUCCCUUUUGCUUGAAAUCAUAAUAAAACGACAGAAGGCAUUUUUGUACUUUUUUUCCCCCCAUUUUGGUGCCAACGGUCUUCAUUGAGACGGUCUUCACCUUGUGGCAUGUUGAAGCCAAGGAACAUUUUUGAGGUGAAUUGAUGAGUUUUCCUUCGAUCCAAGUAGCGCGUUGCCACCGUGCUGUGGCAUCUUUAGGCAGUUACAACUCUUUAGGUGAGUUUUAAUUUCGCAAUCAGAUCCUUGCAAGUGAUUUUCUAUUGUUGCCACCAGAUGGCGGCAAAGUGCUGCUUUUCGUCAAAGUGGUGGCGUCCGUCUAUCAAGACUUGCUUGGGCUGUGCAAUCGGAAAACACUAGUCUGAGUCCCGUUGCAGACAAAAUGUAAAA